AUGGACUCCGUGAACGUGUUCGACAUUUACAACACUCCUGAGACUUCCGUGGCUCCCCCGAGCAAAAAGAAGGCAAGAAAGAGGCAUCCUGGGGAAAGUAGCAAAGCGCCUCAGGCUAAGAAGCCUCGCAAUGCAGGCCUCCCAGAGGGCGACCCCUCAGCCAAUGCAACUCCACCUUCUCCUCGCGAGCAACAGACUCCCCCUGCUCCAGCUGGAUCGACUCCACCUCUAGCGGCCCCAACCGACCAGACUCAGCAAGUCGGUCCUGCCUCGACUGGGGGAGACAUAACUACUCGCGCCUUUAAAUCGGUUAAGGACAGGGUUGCAAAAAUUGUAAAGCAUGACCGCUGCCGAGAGGCGAUGGACGUCGAUCUUAUCUUAAACCGCACCUUGAACGAGUUUACCAGUGCAAUGCUGACCCUUACUGUCGGCCGUCUCCGCUCGGGUGCUGUUACCGAGCAGGCCAAAUCUUUGGAGCAACGGCACGCUGAUGAACUCAAAGCUGCCGUAGAGAAAUAUGCCGGGCAGCAUGCAGUGGUGCUUGAGGAGAAGAAUAAAUUGGCUGAGGAGGGUAAGGAGAAGCAAAAGUCUUUGGACAAAGCCAUCGAUCAGAGGGACCAAACUCUGCUGAAGAUGUCACUUCGAAGAUCUGCUCACAACAAUGCUAAUGCCUCCAACGUUGCUCCUGAGAGCAAUGAAGCCCCUCCAGUUUGCAGAAGGGGAGUGAGUGCUACUAACCAGAAUGCGCCGCCGCCGGUUGACAACACUGGAGAAAUUGCCAGACUGCGACAGUAA